CCUCUCAACUGAACAUUCCAAGACGCGUGGAGAAGAAGGAGCUCCAGCUUCAGCUGAUGCGCGUCCACGCACCCGUCCCAGGCGUGCACGCCCCUGCAGCCGCGGAGCGAAACGUGGAUGAAGACAACUAGUUACUGACACACAACUAAACACACACAUUCAACGCUGCGAGUCACCGCAGGAGUGUGUGUUGUGAUUUACUGCGUUGAGGUGUUCAGGUGGAUUGUCUGCUGGCAGCUGGACUGGAUUCGUCUGUGUGUGCGCGUGUUCCUCAGCAAUGAGCUCCAAGCAUGAUUAUCCAUCCUGCGAGAGGACAGACAGGGUUUAAGUGGAGUAAACUGACAUGAACUAAUGUGGACUUGAAUCUCUCUUGUAACUUAUGAUGGCAGUUCAGGCCGGAUUGCAGGCUUGGUUCGGCGAGAAGUUUGAUGUCCCGUUACAGAGUCCUCGCGGCCUGCGCUCUCCCCGGCCCGGCCCGGGUCUGGCUGAUGUGUUCCAGUAUGACCAGUGGUUGGCCGUGCGGCAUGAAGCCACGCUGGUGCCCAUGCAGGAGGAUCUGGCCAUCUGGCUGAGCGGCAUGCUGGGUGAGCAGGUGACAGCCGAACGCUUCAUGGAGGAGCUGGACAACGGUGUCAAACUGUGUCGUCUGGUUGGAAUUCUACAGAGUAAAAUCCCACAGGACUCGGAAACACAGCUGCCCUUAAAGAAAAUCCAGUUCAAGAAAAAUGCCUCCCCUGGAUCGUUUUUCGCCCGCGACAACACUGCAAAUUUUCUGUCCUGGUGUCGUCACAUAGGAGUGGACGAGACCUAUCUGUUUGAGUCUGAGGGUUUGGUCCUGCAUAAAGAGCCGCGGCAGGUGUGUCUGUGUCUGCUGGAGAUCGGACGCGUCGUCUCCAGGUUUGGGAUAGAGCCUCCGGUUUUGGUUAAACUGGAGAAGGAAAUCGAACUGGAGGAAAGUCUAACGAUGACUGAUCACUCGUCUCCAGUGAAAACAUUCACUGUGUGCUGUCAGCACGGAGCCCUGUAUCACGCCGAUCGUGCGGACCAGGACGACCCUCCCUGUAGCUGCACACAGAAGUUUUCCAUCGAGUAUCUGUCUGAGGGACGCUACAGGCUCGGAGACAAGGUCCUGUUCAUCAGGAUGCUCCAUGGGAAGCAUGUGAUGGUGCGUGUGGGUGGAGGUUGGGACACUCUGAAAGGGUUUCUGCUUAAAUACGACCCCGACCGCGUGCUGCAGUUCACCACUCUAGAGCAGAAGAUUCUAGCCUAUCAGAAAGGCCCGUCCGGCCCAGGCCCCGCCCACACCGUGCAGGCCGCACAGCCGCCCACGAUGGACCCCAUCGCAGCCGUUAACCUCCUCCCAGAAUCAUCCUCUUCAUCGUCAUCCUCCACAACGUCUGUGUCCAAACCCAACCCGCCCACACCCCGCGGCGUCACCCAGUCGCCCGCUUCCACGCCCUCAAUGCCUCGUAAGGCUGCCGCACCCAAGAAGAUUUUUCACACGCCCACAGCUUCACCGAGAACCACCCCUCUUUCAUCACCCGUCCCGAAAAGAAGCCCACUUCGCCAGUCAACCCCGACCGGAGUUUCCCAAAAAGCCCCUUCCGCCACCCCCAAGACCAAACUGCACCCGCGUGGAUCUCCGUCUCAACCUCGCAGUCCCGUCGGUCCCGAACCCACCUGCAAGCUGCCUAAACCUUCAGCACCCACCCAGCACAACAGCCGCCCGCCUCCGGCCCCCGUCCGCUCACGGCUCGCCCAGAGACACCCUCCUUCCCCCGCCUCCGCCCUGCACUUAGAUUCCAGAAAGGGCCAUCCCGGUUCCCCUCGCUUGGCUCCGAAUGACCCCAAACAGACGCCUGCUCUCGCAAAACCUUCUGUGACAUGCAAGAGUAAAUCUAUAGAGCAGAACACAGCUGCUACGAGAACCGUCGCGUCUGUCAACGUUAAAACAACCCACAGGAAACCUCUGGUCAGCAGUAACCCUCCCGUCCAGAGCAGCGCUACUAAACCAGCACCUACGAGCACUGCCCACAAACACACGGCACGGACUAAACCCAGCCAACGUGACGAACCCUACUUUGAGAUGAACAGUAAGAGAAGGGUAAAGAACUAAGAAUGCUGGGAUAUUUAUUCGGAUGCCAUAUUUAAUUUUUUUUUAUUUCAAUUAAGUGAAAAUGAGGCUGUGACGUGUGCUGUCCAUUCAACUGAACAUUGAAAAUACGUUUACGAACACUGAAAAUGCAUGUCUACUGGCCAAGCUAUGAAAAUGAGACUGUUAAUUCAGUACAACCUAUUAAAAAUUGUGCACAUCUUUCUUUAACAGCCUCAUUUUCAUUUACAAAUUAAAUAUGACAUCUGUUUGUUUGCUUUGCGUCUGUCAAAACUUGGUGGGAUAUGUAGUUGCGACUGCGGUGCCGCGCUUCACAUACAGAUUUAGUCAGAUGCCAUAUUUUUAUUGAUUUGAGUGAAAAUGAGGCAGUGCAGUCUAUUUAAUUGGUUGAAUAUUUUGGAGCAUUACAUACGUUUUCAAACAUUGACUUUUAUUAGUGGCAAAGCUAUGAAGAUGAGACUUAAACAUGCUGCAUAUCUGUCUUUAACGGCCUCAUUUUAACUUAAAUUAAAUAUGACAUAAUCUGUUUUCUUGUUCACCUCAAGCUUUUAAUUUGUGCCAUGCUAAAAAUCAUCAGGAUAUUCCUGGAAAUUGAUACAUUUUGCACAAAAGAUUCACACGUUUUUGAUUUCUUCUUUAGCUACUGUAAUUAUCAUUAUUUUAGCUAAGCAUGCAUUUAUAGGUUUAGUUUAAUUGUUUAAAAUCAUGCACGGUUAUCUACAAACUCAUAUCAUCAUCGUUUGUGUUUAAUAAGUUAAGUCGGGUCAUGUCUGUUACGUGAUCUGAUUUGACUCCUUAUUCGGUUAUAAAUGGAUCAACAUCACUUAUUAAUUUCACAAAUCAUUUAUUCACUGUCUGUCAAUGUAUUCUGACCUCAUAAGAAAAACCAGGAGAAUGUCGUAAAGCACUAAGUGUGUGUGUGUGUGUGUGUGUGUGUGUGUGUGAGUGUGUGUGUGUGUGUGUGUGUUUAGACUAAUCUCUUCAUGUAUGAUGCAGAUGCCCUGCAGGGCGUUCAGAUCAUGUGGCGCUGAUCACGUAACACAUGCAAACGUCUGCUGUUCUGUUUCCACUUCAUAUUUACAUUAAGAGCACUCUUACUGUAUUACAGCAGAAACAUACUCCUGUCAUUUCAGCUCUUAUCUGACACCCCAUAAUAUGCAGAAACACCUCUCUACGGCAACCAAAGUGAAAUUCAUGUUUGAAUUUCGAGUGGCAACAUUUUAGAGCACAUUUUAAAAACUAUUUUAGAGUAUUUAGGGUUUAUGUGCCUUAAAUUUGUGUUUGUUGGAAUAUUUGUGUGGUUUAUUAUCGAGAACUGUAUUUAGUCAGGAUGGUUAGUUUGUGUGUUUUAAGUUGGUCGAACAGCCAGCUGUUAUUAAAUGAAAUGCUACCUCCUUUACGCCACACAAAUACUACUGACUCAGUCAUGCCCAUAAACACCCGAGCUUUUAUUUUAUCACACUGUCCAGAACAAUGCUAAAUAUUUUCCAGUUUGUGGCCUAUACAGAAAGGUUAUUAUAAAUAUAAAUCUUAUGUGUAAGGGUAAUUGUUCUCUUUUUUUUUCAGAUAUAGUUCUUUUUAUUAUAUAUUUGUGCGUCAGAUUGUGUGAGAGAUAUUCUUCCAGCACUUUAAGAAAAUGUUUUGUUUUUGAAUGUAGCUUAUUUUCUUUGUUUUGUUCGUUUGUGCUCUUUGCAUUCUGUCAAAUAAAGAUCUAUACGGUGUAUAAUU